UCUUCCUUUUGAUAGGACGCCCUGUUGAAUCUCUCACGAAUGCUGCUACCGCGCCAUUUAACAUGAUGAAUUGCCAAUCUCAAUCAGAAAACAUGAAUUGUGGAACGAAAGUGUCGACGCCUUUGAGACCGGCUUCUCUUCUUCCAGGAAGUCAUUUUUCCGCCAGCGGCGAAGAAGUCGAAAUGAAACCGGCCACCAUUUUGGGUAAUUCCAUGAUGAUGGUGACUUACCGGUGGCAGCUGGAAGUUGUUGGGAUAGACGAGCACAAAACCAUCUCGUCGCGGAUGCUUUGUUUCCGCGACGAGAAAGUCUUCCGCGUCGGCCUGAAGAAUCGCGACAAACCGACGUUGAUCUUCGUGGCCAUCGACCUCAACAACAUCGGACUGAGAGUGCGAGAAGUGGGAUUCUAUUCGGUAAAUAAUUAUGUCCUUUCGCGUCAGAAGAUGACCCACAACAAUGUCGACGGCGAGAGUCUGCAGUUGUUCACCUACGAUCUCGCUGAAAUGGUCGUUGGCAAAUGUACAUUCGUCUUCUCCAUUUGGCUGGAAGGAAGCGUUCCUGGAUGUUAUUCCUAUCAGCUGUCGGAUCGUCUGGUCAAACGACAACUGUGGCAAAGCCAACACUACGUCGACGUUGAAUUCGUGUGCAAAGGUCAAAAGUUUUCAGCUCACAAAGCCAUCCUGGCCGCCCGGAGUAGCGUGUUUGCCCACGAAUUUGACACUGAACUGGAUGAUGAAAAUCCCAGGAAGAUGAAAAGUGACGGCCCUCUGCAGAUCAACAUCGACGACGUGGAGUCGACCGUUUUCGAGCAGUUUCUCUAUUUCCUCUACACCGGAGAACCAAAAAAUCCAGUGCUGGACAAUGAACAAUUGUUGAAAUUGGCCAUCCGCUAUCAACUCAACACCCUGGUGGAAUUGUGCUUAAUCGCUGUCAAGAAAAUCGACGUCUUGCAGAUGGCUAGUUUCGUUUCCAACCUCGAACUGAAUCAAACUGAACCGCCAGCCUCUGUUAUCAUCAGUCCGGAUAAAAAUAGUUACGUAACACAUGGCCAUCCCGAGUCGACUUUCCGAGUGGUUUGGAUAUUCGAAGGACGUGAAUCGGCCGAAAAACCGCUGGCCAUCGAUUACCAAAACGAGAAUCUCUUUUCGCUGCAUCUCAAAGACGGGAUCGUUCAUUUCAUUUGCGUCAACCACCGCAAAUUCGUCAUCCAAGUGCUCUAUUCCAUCAAUUGCUCCAACUGGAUCGAAAUGAAAGCCAAAAACGCCAGACAGCAGCUGGAGAAAUCCGAAAUGCUCUUCUUUGCGGCCCAAGUCGACGUCAAUUUCGAGCAGCUCUUCGAACAAUCGAUCGUGUUCGAUAUUCAAAUGGUCAGCACGAUCGCCGAUUAUUGUUACGAGAUGGUGGACGUCUCUUGGAUGACGCAACUGUGGGAGGCUGCUCUAGGCUGUCGCCACACCGACGUUGAGAUAUUCGUCGGCCAAAACAAGUUGAUGGAAGCCCAUCAAAUGGUCCUCUCGGCUCGCAGUCCCGUGCUGAAUGGCCUGUUGUGCAAUCUCAAGGAGAACGGGAAAUCCCGAAUUUCAUUUCACAAGGAAAUCGAGGCGCACGUUGUCGAACAUUUUCUGUAUUUCCUGUACACGGGUUCGUCCAGGAUGACUUUCAAAAACAAGCAAUUCCUCGGGCUGGCCGAAAUGCAUCAAGUGGAAACGUUAACCAAAGUUUGUAAACUCGCCAUCGUCGCUUCUCCAGACGUUGAAGAAGUGACCAACUUUCUACUAAGCAACUUUUAAAUUU